CUAUAACAGCUGUUUCUGUUUUGUUAGACGAGGAAGUAAACUACAUGAAGAGAGAAAAACACAGUCAUUACUGUGGACUGACUGUUGAGACAGAGCUGGAUUUGAGAAAAUUAUUUCUGAGAUGAUUCAUAUCUCACUCUGUGGAUCAACAUCUGUAUCUGCUUUUAGAUGAAACCAUGGCCUCCAGAAUGAAUCUCUCUGAAGAACAUCACACACAGAUAAAGACAGUCAAGAGCCAGAUUCAGGGAGGUGAAUCAGAUUUACCUGAACACGUCGAUGUGUCUGUGAGGAAAAAUCGUUCAGAUCUCUGCAGAGAGGAAGACUCUUCUGUUGAGUCCAGUCUGUGUGAGAAUGAAUCUCCUGAACCCAGCUGUGUGUCCAUGAAGAGUGACCGGUCAAUGGGUCAACCGAUUGAUUUCAGCUCGGGAGAUUCAUCUGCUGAUCUGAGUCAAAAACAUGAAGGACCAAAAUCACAUUCAGGAAAGAAGAACUUAGACUCCAUUUUCAAGGAGCUUGAGCACAAAAUCAUUUCUCAGUUGAAAACCUUUAAGAGACUACUGAGUCCAGAUUACCCAGAAUGCUCUGAAAGAGACCAUCAUGAUGACGAGGGUCAUAGAGUCAGAGAGGGGCUUCUGAAGAUCACACUGUUGAUCCUGAGGAAGAUGAACCAGACAGACCUCGCUAACACACUACAGACCAAACUGAUGCCUGUGUAUCAACAAAAACUCAGAUCCAGACUACAGGAUAAAUAUCAGAGAAUCAAUGAAGGAAUGUCCAAUCAUGGAGACUCAACACGUCUGAAUGAGAUCUACACAGAGCUCUACAUCACAGAGGGAGGCAGUGGAGAGGUCAAUAAUGAACAUGAGCUGAGACAGAUUGAGAUAGUGUCCAGGAGACCAGAGACACAGGAGACACCAAUCAACUGCAACGACAUAUGUAAACCCUCACCUGGACAAGACAAACCCAUCAGAACUGUGCUGACUAAAGGAGUCGCUGGAAUUGGAAAAACAGUCUCUGUGCAGAAGUUCAUUCUGGACUGGGCUGAAGGAAAAGCCAAUCAGGAUGUUCAUUUCAUAUUUCCACUUCCUUUCAGGGAGCUGAAUCUGAUACAGAAAAAUCUCAGUCUUGUGGAUCUUAUAAACCACCUUCACACAGAAACCAAAGAAUUUAAAUCAGCAGAUUAUGAUGACUACAAAGUCAUGUUCAUAUUUGAUGGUCUGGAUGAGUGUCGACUACGUCUAGAUUUCCAAAACAAUCGGAGCUUGUCUGAUGUAACAGAAUCAGCCUCAGUGGAUGUGCUGCUGACCAACCUCAUCAAGGGGAAUCUACUUCCUUCUGCUCUCCUCUGGAUCACCUCUCGACCAGCAGCAGCCAAUCAGAUCCCUCCUGAGUGUGUCCACCAGGUCACAGAGGUACGAGGAUUCAACGACCCUCAGAAGGAGGAAUAUUUCAGGAAGAGAAUAAAUGAUCAGAGUCUGGCUGAUAGGAUCGUCACACACAUCCGAUCAUCAAGAAGUCUGUUCAUCAUGUGUCACAUCCCAGUCUUCUGCUGGAUUUCAGCCGCUGUUCUGGAGAGGAUGAUGGGUAAAGCAGAGCGUGCAGAGAUUCCCAAGACUCUCACACAAAUGUUCACACACUUCCUGAUCUUUCAGACCAAACUGAAGACACAGAAGUAUGAUGGGAAAUAUGAAAUCGAUUCUGAUCAGGCUAGAAGGACUAUUCUGUCUCUAGGAAAACUGGCUUUUGAACAGCUGGAAAAAGGGAACCUGAUCUUCUAUGAGGAGGACCUGAAAGACAGCGGCAUUGAUGUCAGAGAAGUGUCCGUGUACUCAGGAGUUUGUACCCAGAUCUUCAGAGAGGAGUUUGGACUGCAGCUGGGGAAGGUGUACAGCUUUGUUCAUCUGAGUAUUCAGGAGUUUCUUGCUGCUUUAUUCAAGCUACUGUCCUUUUCUGAACAAAACACAGGACUGAUGAAUGAGUUCAGGUCACCAAUGACCAGUUUACUGAAGGGAGAAGUGGACAAGGCCUUACAGAGUGAGAACGGACACUGGGACCUUUUCCUCCGGUUCCUUCUAGGUCUCUCACUAGAGUCUAAUCAGACUCUCUUACAAGGCCUCCUGAGAAAGACAGUAAGCAGCUCUCAGAUCAAUCAGGAAACAGCUGAAUACAUCAAACAGAAGAUCAGAGAGAAUCGCUCUCCAGAGAAAUCCAUCAAUCUGUUCCACUGUCUGAAUGAACUGAAUGAUCGUUCACUGGAGCAGGAGGUACAAACAUACCUGAGCAGAACAGAUGACAGUCGUCUCUCUGGAGUCUCUCUGUCUGCUGCUCAGUGGUCGGCUCUGGUGUUUGUGCUGCUGAACUCAGAAGAAGAGCUGGAUGAGUUUAAACUGAGUAAAUAUUAUCCAUCAGAAGAAUGUCUCCUGAGGCUGCUGCCAGUGAUCAAAGCAUCUAGAAAGAUUGAUCUUUCCAGAUGUGGUAUUACAGAGAAAGGCUUUGCUGCUCUGAGUUCAGCUCUGAGAUCAAACCCCUCACACCUGACAGAACUGAAUCUGAGCUUUAAUAAACCAGGAGACUCAGGAGUGAAGCUGCUCUCUGCUCUACUGGAGAAUCCACACUGUAAACUGAAGAAACUAUGUCUUUCCGGCUGUUAUAUUACACAGAAAGGCUUUGCUGCUCUGAGUUCAGCUCUGAGAUCAAACCCCUCACACCUAACAGAACUGAAUCUGAGUGAUAAUACACCAGGAGACUCAGGAGUGAAGCUGCUUUCUGCUCUACUGGAGGAUCCACACUGUAAACUGAAGAAACUACGGCUGUGGGACUGCAGUAUUGGAGAGGAAGGCUGUGCUGCUCUGAUUUCAGCUCUGAGAUCAAACCCCUCACACCUGACAGAACUGAAUCUGAGUGAUAAUAAACCAGGAGACUCAGGAGUGAAGCUGCUCUCUGAUCUACUGGAGGAUCCACACUGUAAACUGAAGAAACUACGGCUGUAUAACUGCAGUAUUGGAGAGGAAGGCUGUGCUGCUCUGAUUUCAGCUCUGAGAUCAAACUGCUCACACCUGACAGAACUGGAUCUGAGCCGUAAUAAUCCAGGAGACUCAGGAGUGAAGCUGCUCUCUGCUCUACUGGAGGAUCCACACUGUAAACUGAAGAAACUAUAUAUUUGACAGUGGAAACUCCACAAGCUCCAAACAAGCGAAUCAAAACAACAUGUCCUGAACAAGACUGUCUCCUGGACAUUAAUGCUGAUACUGAUCCAGCAGUUUCAUAUGUGAAGGGUUUUUGUUAUUAAUUUUCAUUCAGCCUACAUUUUUUUCCAGUCUCAUGGGAACAUUUUUUAAAAUAAGUAGAUUGGACAUACUAACUGCACUGUAAAUGUUUAGUGUGAAAUUACAGUAUAUUCCAGGUUAAUAACUGCAUGACUUUCACAGUAAUUUCACAGUGAGACUUCUCUUGUAUCUAACUGCACUCUCAGAAAUUUCUUGUAAACAAACAGCAUCAUACUGUGUUUCUACAGUUAAUAUGUACGAUGAAGGUUCCCAGCAUGCAAUGCAGCAAGAAUAGAUCAUGCUGUAGAGGUUUUAUUUUAUUUUAUUUUUUAUUCUUGUUGGUUUUAUUUAUGCUGUUGAACUUGUUUUUUUGUUUUGUUUUUUUGGUUCACUUUGAGCAGUUUGUGUUGUUGGUUUAUUUUGUAAUGUUGGUUUAUGUUGUAAGUGUUGUGUUUACUUGUUGAGUGUUACCAUUGUUGUGUUUUGUAUGUUGAGUAUUUUUGUCACAUUUUUCAAAGACGUUUCUCAGCAGGUGGUUCAUUAUUGUGAAAAAUCCAUCCACAAAUAUUUAUGAAUAUGAAACAAGUUAUUGGUUAAUCCUUUUAAGUAAUGCUAAAAUAAAAUCUUUGUUUAUCUGAAGAAUAUUCAUAUUCUAGUUUUUCAUCAUUUUAACAAACGUUUUCAUUUGUCACACUUCUGACAUGACUAGAUCAGAAAUUUGAAUAUGAAUAUGCGAGGUCAAAUAACCCUAACAAAUACUAAUCAGUAAUCACCAUUAUGGUGACUUCAAAGCAAUUACAGUAGUAAAUAACUACAUUUGUCACAGUUGCACAGUGAAAGACAGCUUUAUAAUGUGAAUUCACAGAAAAACAAGAGCAGUGAAUUUCUUUGAUGUUAGCAUUAUUCUGCUGUUCAUUCACAGUCAUUUGUAAGAAAAUUACCCAGCAUGCAUUGAUUUCACAUUUCUGACUACAGUAAUACAUUGUAAAAUAAUACUCUAAUCCUGUAAAUUUCUGGCAAUUUUUUACAGUAUAGAUAGAUAGAUAGACUUUGUAUAUUUUAGGAUUUUGUAUAUUGUGAUUAUGUAGUUGUAAUGAAAUUCAUGGCCAUAUUGAAGUCCCUCACUUAAAAUUUUCAAUUAAUCAUUCAUUUAUUUUUUGUUUUGUUUUGUUGUUUGUUUGUUUGUUUAUUGUAUCUUCAUGAUUUUUUUAAUAUAUAUUGUUAAUACGUAGUAGACAUGGAAAUCAUGACAUAACUUUUUUACUUAAGUAGGUUUAACAUAUUUUUCCAAAUACAGUACAUUAUAAUAUAAGCCUGAAGAUGACAAGAAAAUUAAUUCAAUUUAAUUCUAGAAAUAAUAUAUGACAGUGUCAUGGUAUAGUUUCAGUCCUGAUGCAGCCUCAAGAGGGAGUCAUGAGAUAAGAUCACAGUUUACCAGCAGAGUGCUCGAGUCUGAAGGAGAGAGUUUGACAUAAAACAUACUGUAAAAAAUAAAUGAAUUGUGUAAAAUAUGAAUGAUAUAAAAGUAGAUCUCUAUUUUAAAAUAGAUCUAACUAUGACCCCUCAGGGAUUUCACAAAUAUUUUAAUUUUAUAAUAACUACUAAAAAUCUAAAAUCAGUAGGCCUAAUAUAGUACAGUGAUUCCUGGUUCUUUUUAAAGGAUUGAGACACAAAACCAGUGAUUUAAUUUGUGCAUAUAGACUAUAUAUAAAAGUAUAAAUAAAAAGUUGCAGAUAAAAUAUAUGAACAUUUAUUGCUUAAAUACGCACUAAGGCACAUUAAUAAUAAUAUUUGCUGUAGGUUAGAUUUAAUAGCAACUUUUUUAGUAAACAAAAAACA